AUGUUAGUUCUUGGACGGGUGCCCCUUGAUAAUAAGCUGGAUUUGUGGUCACUUGGAUGCACCGUUUACGAGCUUUUUACCGGUUCGAUUCUGUUUUCUGGAAACUGCAACAACGACAUGCUUUCUUGGAUGAUGGCGUAUAGGGGCAAAUUUGCGCCCAAAAUGUUGCGCCGGUGUGUCAAUGCGCCCGAGCAUUUCAAUGAGUCUGAACAGUGGGCAUAUUUGCAUCAGGUUCAAGAUAGCGUGACACGAUCCAAAGUUAUUCGAGUCGAAUAUCCAGCGCAAUUGCCAACUCUGGAUAUCAAAAAAUCGCUUCUUGCAUGUGUGAAGCUAGAAGGCUCUUUUAAUGAAUCACAGUCGGACAUGAUCAAUCUUUUCGCGGAUUUCCUGGAGAAGAUUUUGACUCUUAAUCCUGAGCAACGCAUAACGGUCGAGGAGGCGUUGAAGCAUCCAUUCAUUGCUCAUAUUUCUUGA